AUUGCGGAAGUUAUCAUGUAGCCGGAAGUUGGGAGCAGAUGAUCAUAAGUGGGAGGGAACGAAGGCCGUAGCGAUUCAAGUCCAUACUUCACUGAAACGGAGAACUGAAGCCUCACCGCCAAGAUGACGGACUCCAAAUAUUUCACCACCACCAAGAAAGGGGAGAUCUUCGAGCUGAAGGCGGAGCUCAACAGCGAUAAGAAGGAGAAGAAGAAGGAGGCGGUGAAGAAGGUCAUCGCCUCCAUGACCGUGGGCAAGGACGUGAGCGCCCUGUUCCCGGACGUGGUCAACUGCAUGCAGACGGACAACCUGGAGCUGAAGAAGCUGGUGUACCUGUACCUGAUGAACUACGCCAAGAGCCAGCCCGACAUGGCCAUCAUGGCCGUCAACACCUUCGUCAAGGACUGCGAGGACCCGAACCCGCUGAUCCGGGCCCUGGCGGUGCGCACCAUGGGCUGCAUCCGCGUGGACAAGAUCACGGAGUACCUGUGCGAGCCGCUGCGCAAGUGCCUGAAGGACGAGGACCCGUACGUGCGCAAGACGGCCGCCGUGUGCGUGGCCAAGCUGCACGACAUCAACGCCCAGCUGGUGGAGGACCAGGGCUUCCUGGACACGCUCAAGGACCUCAUCUCCGACUCCAACCCCAUGGUGGUGGCGAAUGCCGUGGCGGCCCUCUCCGAAAUCGCCGAGUCGCACCCCAACAGCAACCUGCUGGACCUGAACCCCCAGUCCAUCAACAAGCUGCUGACGGCCCUGAACGAGUGCACCGAGUGGGGCCAGAUCUUCAUCCUGGACUGCCUGGCCAACUACACCCCCCGGGACGACCGCGAAUCCCAGAGUAUCUGUGAGCGGGUCACCCCGCGGCUCUCCCACGCUAACUCCGCCGUGGUGCUGUCGGCGGUGAAGGUGCUGAUGAAGUUCAUGGAGAUGCUGCCCAAGGACCUGGACUACUACGGCACCCUGUUGAAGAAGCUGGCCCCGCCGCUGGUCACCCUGCUGUCAGCCGAACCCGAGCUGCAGUACGUGGCCCUGAGGAACAUCAACCUGAUCGUGCAGAAACGGCCGGAAAUCCUCAAGCACGAGAUGAAGGUGUUUUUUGUGAAGUAUAACGACCCCAUCUAUGUCAAGCUGGAGAAGCUGGAUAUCAUGAUCCGCCUGGCGUCCCAGGCCAACAUCGCCCAGGUGCUGGCGGAGCUGAAGGAGUACGCCACGGAGGUGGACGUGGAUUUCGUGCGCAAGGCGGUCCGGGCCAUCGGCCGCUGCGCCAUCAAAGUGGAGCAAUCGGCCGAGCGGUGUGUCAGCACCCUGCUGGACCUCAUCCAGACCAAGGUCAACUACGUGGUGCAGGAGGCCAUCGUGGUCAUCAAGGACAUCUUCCGCAAGUACCCCAACAAGUACGAGAGCGUGAUCGCCACGCUCUGUGAGAACCUGGACUCUCUGGACGAGCCCGAGGCGCGGGCGGCCAUGAUCUGGAUCGUGGGCGAGUACGCUGAGCGCAUCGACAACGCCGACGAGCUGCUGGAGAGCUUCCUGGAGGGCUUCCACGACGAGAGCACGCAGGUUCAGCUGCAGCUGCUGACAGCCAUCGUGAAGCUCUUCCUGAAGAAGCCCACAGAGACCCAGGAGCUGGUGCAGCAGGUGCUCAGCCUGGCCACUCAGGACUCUGAUAACCCGGACCUGCGGGACCGGGGCUACAUCUACUGGCGCCUGCUCUCCACAGACCCGGUGGCGGCGAAGGAGGUGGUCCUGGCGGAGAAGCCCCUGAUCUCGGAGGAGACGGACCUGAUCGAGCCCACCCUGCUGGAGGAGCUCAUCUGCCACAUCGGCACGCUGGCGUCCGUCUACCACAAACCCCCCAACGCCUUCGUGGAGGGCAGCCGCGGCGUGCAGCACAAGAGGCUCCCCGCCCGCUCCGGAUCUGGAGAGAGCUCAGAGAGUCCUGAGUCAGCCCAGCCUGCGGGGGGCGCUGUUUCCGAGGCCCCCCCGGCCGUCAUCCCGUCCCAGGGAGACCUGCUGGGAGACCUGCUGAACCUGGACCUGGGCCCCCCCACCACCGGGGGCACGCCCGCCCCCUCCACCAUGCAGAUGGGUGCCAUGGACCUGCUGGGAGGGGGACUGGAUAGCCUGCUCGGGGGAGACAUCGGAGGAAGCCCUGCGAUGGGCGCUGGUUUUGGCGGGGCUCCAGCAGUGAUGCCCGCCUCUCUGAACGCGCCGGUGGGGGGGGGCCUGGGCGAUCUGUUUGACCUGGGGGGCGGAGUGGGCAUGUCCGCAGGAGCCUUCGUCCCAAAACCGUGAGUGUGGCUCCCAGCGAUGAAGGCGAAGGGUCUGGAGAUCUCGGGCACGUUCGCCCGGCGUGCCGGAGUCCUGCAGAUGGAGCUGUCCCUCACCAACAAGGCCAUGAGCGUCAUGACCGACUUCGCCAUCCAGUUCAACAGAAACAGUUUCGGGCUGGCCCCAGCAGGGCCCCUCCAGGUCCUCACGCCCCUCAGCCCCAACCAGACCAUCGAGGUCAGCCUCCCCCUGAGCACCGUGGGGCCAGUUAUGAAGAUGGAGCCUCUCACCAACCUCCAGGUGGCUGUGAAGAACAACAUCGACGUGUUCUACUUCAGCUGCUUCUACCCCAUCAGCAUCCUGUUUGUGGAGGACGGCAAGAUGGAGCGCCAGGUGUUCCUGGCCACUUGGAAAGACAUUCCCAGCGAGAACGAGGCCCAGUUCCAAAUCAACGACUGUCACCUCAACGCAGAUGCGGCCAGCAGUAAGCUGCAGAGCAGCAACAUGUUCACCAUCGCCAAGCGCACCGCCGAGGGCCAGGACAUCCUGUACCAGUCCAUCAAACUCUCCAACGGCAUCUGGGUCCUGAGCGAGCUCCGGCUGCUGCCCGGCACCCCCAGCUACACGCUGUCCCUGAAGUGCCGGGCUCCGGAGGUCUCCCAGUACGUGUUCCAGUGCUACGAGAUGGUGCUGAAGAACUGAGCCUGCAGGGGGCGCCACUGGACAGGGGACGGGGAACGAUUCGCUUGCGUUUCUGGGGCUGGGGGGGGACCUUUCCACACCUGACCAUUUCUCAACUGCUCCUCCUACAACCCCCCCCCCCCAUCUUACCCACAACCCCCCUCUUCCCCUUACCCAUCGGUCCCUGUCCCACCCCCUGCCCCACGCCUCCCUGCCUCCCCUCCCUCUCCCGUGACCUGUAACAUGGUGACACGUCCCAGUCCUGUACAGACAACUGCACAAAAUCCUCUUUCUCUCUUUCUUUUUUUUUUUUAAACCUAUUCAACGCAGGUGGGGUAUUUUUCCUUUUUUUUUUGCUAAAGCCUCGUUACCCAACGACCGUCUGUCCACUGAGCCCCCCUCCCUCCCCACACACAUCAUGUGCUGAGGGUGUUUAAAAUGCUGAACCCCAGCUCUCCCGUCCAAUCGGAGGGCCCAAUCUCCUCCCCCUCAUCAUGAGCUCCCUGUGCUCCUCCUGUCCCGCUCCACGCCUCGUACCCCUGCAGCGAGAGGGGGCGACCCUGCCAGGGCUGCCCCGGGGCAUGCUGGGAGACCGCGCUGCGCUGGCUCUCGUGCGCUGGCUGCGGUCUCUGCUCACCCCGCGUUUCUGCCGUCGUCUGUUUCUGUGCGCUUCUGUUCGGCUGUGGGGCUCGCCAGCGCCCGUCCCUGACCUCAAAACUCUGCGCCCGUGUGCGGGACACCUUGACCAGAACUUCCUGGUGAAUCCGCCGUGUUUAAUCGGAGGUGCCAGGAAGUUGGGAGUGCAGUUGCUUCAAACCGCUCCUGAGUUUAGGCGACCUGACCCCCCCAACCCCCCCCCCCCCCCCCCUCCCCCCGUGGCGUGAGAGAGAGCACUGCAUCUCCAUUUCUGGGAACACGACACUAUUUAGAGUACGGACCGCUGUCAUGCUGUCUCCCCCACCCACCCGCCCGCCCGCCCGCCCAAAAUGUCCCAAUCGGGUUUUGAUCUCUGAGGUGUUUGGUUUGUUUUAGUUUAUUUUAUUUUUUUGUGUGUGUUCUGUAAAGUCAUGCUGUUGUUUUUUUUUGGACUUCUUCUCUUUUUGUGCAAUGUCAUUCUGCUUUGGUGUUUUUGUUUGCGUGCAUGCGUGCGUGCGAGUGUGAGUGUGUGUGCGUGUGUGUGUGUGUGUUGCUUAGUUGCCCCUUCCUUCCUCUGCCCCUCCGCCGUCCCCCGUUUCCUCUCUAAAUCAUUCCAUCGGCUCUCCCUCGGUUUGUACUUGUGUUAUUAGACCAUAUCUGAGCAGUGGGUGGCGUGUGGAGUGCAGUCUUUCCCUGAGAUGCUCCUACACCAGGCCGAGGGGGGCCAGUGAGGAGCCAAAAUGGCUGACCCCCGACGCCUCGUCAUCUCGCUGGCUAUUCGACUGACCUCCACCCGACAGAGACGGAGGAGUGAGGCGAUCGACCGUGAUCUCGCGUUUCUCCGGAAGCUUCCGCGUCCGGAGCGAGGGCUCUACGGGUUGGUGUCGGGAUUGUAGCGUUUGUAUAAAAAAAAUAAAAAAAAUGGAAAAAAUAAAAUGUAAACCUAAAUAAUAAAAGUCUUUCACACCUCAAAAGAAAUGGCUGUGUCUGCCCGAUUAGUCUGUGAAAAUGGUCUGGCUUUCAUUACCAGUCUCGGCUUGGUGAACUCGUGACUGGUUUUCCGCGGGUCGCUCUAGGUGAAAGUGGUAAUCGCAAUCAGUCCAGAGCAGCUGCAGGAUCAGGCAGCGGCUAUAACGCACCCGAAAAGAAAAGCAAAAUUUACCGUGAAUAUCGCCGACAAAAGCCACUUUUCCCCUCGAGAGGCUCCGUGCUCCGUGCGUCUCCGUUGAAUUUCAAGGUAGCUCUGCGGCCUCCUGUAUUUUCCACCUUGGUUCUUGGUUUUUCAACGCGUGUUUGACCGAGUGUGAUGCGUGUGACUCUCCUGACACUCAUUCCGAUGGGCCCAACGCUGGCUGCUCUGUAGAUGGUGGAGGCUAGCCUCAUGCUACCACGUGCUCUACUGUACAUGGCGGAAGUUAGCAUCACGUUAGCAUGUGCUCUGUACUGUACGUGGUGGAAGUUAGCAUCACGUUAGCAUAUGCUCUGUACUGUACGUGGUGGAAGUUAGCAUCAUGCUAGCAUAUGCUCUGUACUGUACAUGGUGGAACUUAGCAUCACGCUAGCAUAUGCUCUGUCCUGUCCAUGGUGGAAGUUAGCAUCAUGCUAGCAUAUGCUCUGUACUGUACAUGGUGGAAGUUAGCAUCAUGCUAGCACAUGCUCUGUACUGUACAUGGUGGAAGUUAGCAUCACGCUAGCAUAUGCUCUGUCCUGUCCAUGGUGGAAGUCCGCCUGUGGGGGAGACUGCAGUGACUGUUUCUGUUGGUGGGGGUAAUGUGUGUUCUGUUGGUGGGGGUAAUGUGUGAAUUGCUUGAAUCAUAGGUUAAUGUGAAUACCUAGUGCAAAAUUUAAAUAAAAGCAAUAUAUUCACAA